CAUCUGUGUCCGUGCUCAGCGGCUCUCUCUGGGCUCGGCAGUGUCACAGUUUAAGUUCACCACGCUCCUGGAUCUUUGCUCGUUGUUUCAGACAUUGGCCGGGUGAUGCCAGCUUGAUCCAAAGCCAUGUCCAAGUACCUGAAGCACUUCACGGUGGUGGGCGAUGACCCCGUGCAAUGGAGCAACGACUAUCGGAAAUGGGAGGAGGAGGAGGCUGGGGAGAAGCAGCCAGAUGCAGAGAUCAAGUUGGAGCCCCCCAGCAGACACAUCUCCUUCCAGUACAUGAUGAAAAAGCUCUUCAGCUCUCACAGGUUCCAGGUUGGGGUUGUCUGCUUGGUGAUCCUGGAUGCCUUGUUGGUUCUUGGGGAAUUGCUUAUGGAUUUGAAAAUCAUCCUUCCGGACAGAUACAACAUAACCCCAAAGGUUUUCCACUACCUCUCCCUGUCCAUUUUGACCAUCUUCGUGAUUGAGGUGGGGUUUAAAGUCUUUGUCUACCGCCGGGAGUUCUUCUACCACAAGUUUGAAGUGCUGGAUGGGAUCGUUGUCAUCGUGUCCUUCAUCCUCGACAUCGUCCUCAUCUUCCUGGAGCACGAGUUUGAGGCCAUGGGGCUCCUGAUCCUCCUGCGGCUCUGGAGGGUGGCCCGGAUCAUCAACGGAAUAAUUUUAUCGGUGAAGACCCGCUCGGAGCAACAAGUGUCCAAGUUAAAGCACGCAAACCUGAAACUUGCCACGAGGGUGGAACAGCUGGAACACAGCUGUUUGGAGAAGGAGCAAGAAAUUGUGAGGCUGAAUAACAUACUGAAACAGCAUGGACUCCUCAGCCAGCAAAAAUAGGAGACCAGUUUUCCAUGGUGGGAAUUCUGCUUGGAGGUUGCAGUGUUGGAAAUCUGCCAGCUUGACCUGAAAGGUUUUUCUGUCUCUUUGCUUCCUCUUGCAUUGUGUUUUCUAUAAAUGUUUUCUAUUUGACCCCACUUUGAUCAGACCUUGAGAUGGCAAAAGUAGUUCUACUGGAAAAUUAAUCACACACAGUCCCCGUAAACAGCAAUCUUUUUCCCCUUUCUUGUACAGUUGUACAGUCAAAACUGCAAAAUAAUUUAAUAAAGACACGUCUUUAAAAGCUAUACAUCCA